AUGGCGCCGCCCGCCCUGCCCCGGAAGUGGCGUCACGCCGUGCCCCGGAAGCCGCCCGAGACCACGGGGUUUCCCCACGCCUCGCGCCACAAGUGGUCCAAGGGGAAAGUGAGAGACAAGUUGAACAACCUUGUCUUGUUUGACAAGGCCACCUAUGACAAACUGUGCAAAGAAGUGCCCAACUACAAGCUCAUCACACCUGCAGUUGUCUCGGAGAGACUGAAGAUUCGAGGCUCCCUGGCUAGGGCUGCCCUCCAGGAGCUGCUCAGCAAAGGCUUGAUCAAACUGGUGUCCAAGCACCGAGCCCAAGUGAUCUACACUAGAAACACAAAAGGUGGAGAUGCGCCUGCCGCAGGGGAGGACGCGUAGGGAGGUUCUCCAGCGACCUCGUCAACAAUGUGUCAUAUGUAGAUGCACGCAAUAAAAUGAUUGAAAUAA